CUGCUGAGGAGAGACACCGGCCGGGGUCGCCGCUUCGCAGUCUGCUAAUAAUUUUCCUUACCAAGAUCAUUUUCAAAAACAAAAUAAGCUAAAUAAACGCACUUAAUUGGAUAAACAAAUAGCGAGUCAGUUUUGCUUCCAACGACUGCAAGAAAACCAAGCACCAGCGAGUCCGCCAUAGUCGAGCCUUAGCAAAGAAAGAAAAUCAAAAUGGAAGACACUAAAUACCUCCCUGAGCUCCUGGCCGAGAAGGACAGCCUGGAUUCAUCGUUUACACACGCCAUGAAGCUCAUCACUGCUGAGAUUGAGAGGAUCCAGAAAGGAGAAACCAAGAAGACACCAGAGAAGGAGACUUACCUGGACCUUUUUGCCACCAAAACUAUGAAACUAAAGGAGCGAGUGCUCAUCCCAACCAAGCAGUAUCCCAGGGUCAACUUUGUCGGGAAGCUUUUGGGGCCUCAAGGCAGCACAAUCAAGAGACUCCAGGAAGAGACAGGGGCAAAGAUCUCAGUUUUGGGGAAAGGCUCAAUGAGAGACAAGAAUAAGGAGGAAGAGCUCAGGAAGGGCGGCGAGUCGAAAUACGCUCACCUGGCCAUGGAGCUGCAUGUGUUCAUCGAAGUUACAGCACCCAUACCAGAAAACUAUCUGCGCAUGGCUCACGCCAUGGAUGAAGUCAAGAAGUUCCUCAUCCCGGAGCCUGGUGAGCAUGACCCCUACAUGGACCCUCAAUUCCUGAAUGGAUCCCAAGAUGGUUCUGGAAGGGGACGAGGUGGCCUUGGACGGGGCAGAGGUGGACCACCUGGUGCAGGAGGACCAAGGGGACGAGGGAUGCCACGUGGAAAUCUCAGAGGAGGGAUGCGUGGAGGAACUCCCCGUGGCGGAAUGUCUCGAGGAAACGCGCCCAGAGGGGCCCCAGCCGGUAGGGGCGGACCACCCUCUGCUGCAGCUAGAGGGGGGUCCUCUGGCCGCUCCAGGCCGCCUGCGAGCGGAGCGCAAAGGAUGCUCCCCGCCGCAGCCCUGUCCCAUCAAGCAGGACCUUCAGGGUCACAGCCCAAACCUGAACCUUACGAUGAAUAUGGUUCAUAUGAGGAGUCUUAUGCUGAGCCUUCCUACGAGGGAUAUGAUAGCUAUUACAGUCAGCAGCCUGCUCCAGCCGAUACGGAAUACUACGAUUACGGACACGGUGAAGCCCAGGAUCCAUCAUAUGAGAGCUACGGUCAGGGUGAAUGGGAUAACUCGUGGUCCGGCUCCGGGGCCGGAGGCAAAGUUCCCCCGACGCGGCAGUCCAAGGGUUCAUACAGGGAGCAUCCAUACGUCAGAUACUGAACAACUACCGGUAGAGAGUUGCUAUGGCAACUGUCUCCCGAUUGUAACAGGCUUAACUUUUCAAAAAGUAAUUUCCCUUCUUGUUUGUUCCCCCUUUUUUUACGGUUUAUUUUAUGUUUGUGUUUUUUUAAACUUGGAGACAUUUUGUUGGAUGUACCAGAGUACCAGAUAAGAAACACGAGGAGCAGAGGGUUUUUUUUUUCCAUUGUUUAUCUGUUUCCAUUUAAAUGUUUCAGUUGCGUAGUAAGGAAUUAGUUACUUAAACUUAACAAAUGGAAAAAGUGAUAUUUUAGUGAUAUUUGAUGGCUUUUUCAGUUAAUGAUUAACUUUAAACUGUGAUUGUGGCGAUUAAACUCUUAUUAUAUAGGCUGCAUUUCUCAAAAGUCCUUCAUGACUGGACAUUAAUUGCUCUUAAUGCUUCAGUGUAAUUUUAUAUAUACCUAAAACAAAUUUAAACACAGCCUUCAAUAUUUUGAUCUGCAUCAAAAGUCUCAUUAUUGUAUACAACAUUGCCAAUCUAGUUUUCUCCUAAAAUAUAGAAAUCCGUCUUUCUGCCACCUUUACAAUUGGUAUAUUAAGCUGUUCUAUAACGUGCAAAAUUAUACUGAUAUAAAUUCUUGUUAAGUUUGAAGGAUACAAGGCUGCAGCCACCUCAAUAUUUUGUACAUAACCUUAGGAUAACUGUGUAUGGUUUAAGUCGUGCCGUCUCCAAAAUGCUCAAUUCUUGUGUACCUUUUUGACUAAAUAGGAUACUAAACAUAUCCCAAAAUGUUUUUCUGCAGUGCGUGUUUCAAUAAAGUUUCUAGUUUCAUUUUAAUCAAUCUAAACUUGGUAUUUUUGCCUUUAUUGUACCAAAGGAUUAUCUUCACUUUGUGAAAAUGGUCCUCAAUGGCUCCCCAAUGCUGAUUAAACUUGUAUGUUUACACGUUUAACCUGACCACAAUUUGAAAAAUACCAAAAAAAAAAGGGGCAGCGUUUGUUUUUUUUCCCAUCCAAUGACUUUACCUUCGUCUGUUUAUCCAAACUAAAUGGCACUUGUAAUGUCACCUUAAAAAAAAACACGUAAUAAAGCUCAUUACUUGA